GAAAGGGAUCGCGCUGCCAAACGGCUUGCGGGCAUUGAGCUUUUGCAACAAUUUCGAUCAGAGUUUGCAAGGUGUCGAGCUGCCAGAAAGCCUGCAAACGCUGAGUUUUGGCAACUGCUUCAACCAGAGUUUGGAAGGUGUCAGGCUGCCAGGCAGUCUCAGGACUCUAGCCUUUGGAGAACGUUUCGACCAAAGCCUAGAAGGUGUUGCGCUGCCAAGCGGCUUGCAGACGUUGACAUUUGGCUCUGACUUCAACCAGAGUCUUGAGGGCAUCACGCUGCCCAGCAGUCUGCAGACACUGACCUUUGGCGCACGCUUUAGCCAAAGUCUGGAAGAUGUCAUGCUGCCAAGCAGUCUGACACAUUUUGGUUGCAGUGACUUUCAUAUUGAUGUCCCAUAA